GCUUUUCCCGCUCCAGUGCGGCCCUGCAGACCUGCCGAUGCGAUAACUUGGAAGGACAGUUGCCAGGAGGACCUGGAAUGGGCAAGGAGCCACCGAGAAGAAACCAUUUCUUUUAGUUUUUAAAUUUGGUUUGAAAGACCAGCAUGUUUUGGAAAUUUGAUCUACACUCAUCAUCCCACAUAGACACGCUUCUAGAGAGGGACGACGUCACGCUGAAGGAGCUGAUGGAUGAGGAGGAUGUGCUGCAGGAGUGCAAGGCCCAGAAUCGAAAGCUCAUAGAGUUUCUGUUACGAGCAGAAUGCCUCGAAGACCUAGUUUCCUUCAUUAUAGAAGAGCCGCCUCAAGACAUGGAUGAGAAGAUCCGAUACAAGUACCCGAAUAUAUCCUGUGAGCUGCUCACUUCGGAUGUCUCCCAGAUGAACGACCGGCUGGGGGGUGACGAGUCCCUGCUCGUUCGGUUGUACAGCUUCCUCCUCCGUGACUCCCCCUUGAACCCCCUUCUCGCCAGUUUCUUCAGCAAGGUGCUAAGUAUCCUCAUCAGCAGGAAGCCAGAACAGAUAGUGGAUUUCUUGAAGAAGAAGCGGGACUUUGUUGACCUCAUCAUCAAGCACAUUGGGACGUCGGCGAUCAUGGACCUGCUGCUCAGGCUCCUCACAUGCAUCGAGCCCCCGCAGCCCAGGCAAGAUGUGCUCAACUGGUUAAACGAGGAGAAGAUCAUCCAGAGGCUCGUUGAAAUAGUUCACCCAUCGCAAGAAGAAGAUCGGCACUCAAAUGCAUCACAGUCACUUUGUGAAAUCGUUCGCCUGAGCAGAGACCAGAUGUUACAAAUCCAGAACAGUCCAGAGCCAGAUCCCCUGCUUGCCACCCUGGAGAAGCAGGAGAUCAUCGAGCAGCUCCUGUCCAACAUUUUCCAGCAAGAGAAGAAUGAGUCCGCCAUCGUCAGUGCCAUCCAAAUCCUGCUGACCUUGCUUGAGACCCGGCGACCCACAUUCGAAGGCCACAUUGAGAUGUGCCCACCCGGCAUGAGCCAUUCAGUUUGUUCGGUCAGCACGAGUGUUCUAGAAGCCAUCCGAGGAAGACUUGGCUCUUUCCACGAGCUCCUCCUUGAGCCACCCAAGAAAAGUGUGAUGAAGACGACGUGGGGUGUGCUGGACCCCCCAGUGGGGAACACACGUCUGAACGUGAUCCGGUUGAUCUCCAGCCUCCUUCAGACCAGCACCAGCAGCAUCCACGGGGGCCUGAUAGAGCUCAACAGCAUCGGGGUCAUCUUGGACAUGUUCUUCAAAUACACGUGGAACAACUUCUUACAUACGCAAGUGGAAAUUUGUGUGGCAUUGAUUCUCGCCAGUCCCUUUGAAAACACGGAAACUGGCACCAUCACCGACCAGGAUUCUGCUGGGGACAACCUGUUACUGAAACACCUUUUCCAGAAAUGUCAGUUGAUAGAACGUAUACUUGAAGCCUGGGAACUGAAUGAGAAGAAGCAGGCUGAGGGGGGCCGGCGGCAUGGCUACAUGGGCCACCUGACUCGGAUAGCCAACUGCAUCGUGCACAGCACUGACAAGGGGCCCAACAGUGCGCUGGUGCAGCAGGUCAUCAAAGACCUCCCCGAUGAAGUCAGGGACCGGUGGGAGACAUUCUGCGCGAGCUCCCUGGGGGAGACGAACAAGAGGAACACAGUCGAUCUAGUCACAACCUGCCAUAUUCAUUCAUCUAGUGAUGACGAGAUUGACUUUAAGGAAACGGGUUUCUCACAGGACUCUUCUUUGCAGCAAGCCUUUUCUGAUUAUCAGAUGCAACAAAUGACGUCCAAUUUUAUUGACCAGUUCGGCUUCAACGAUGAGAAGUUUGCAGACCAAGACGACAUUGGCAAUGUUUCUUUUGAUCGGGUGUCGGACAUCAACUUCACUCUCAAUACGAACGAAAGUGGCAAUAUCGCCCUGUUUGAAGCCUGCUGCAAGGAGCGGAUACAGCAGUUCGACGACGGUGGCUCUGAUGAGGAGGACAUCUGGGAGGAGAAGCACAUCACCUUCACACCCGAGUCCCAGCGGAGGUCCAGCUCGGGGAGCACCGACAGUGAGGAGAGCACGGACUCGGAAGAGGAAGACGGGGCAAAGCAAGACCUGUUCGAAUCCAGCAGUGCCAACAACGAGGACAAGAUGGAGGUUGACCUCAGUGAGCCACCCAGCUGGUCUGCCAACUUCGAUGUCCCCAUGGAGACAACACACGGGACCCCCUUGGACUCUGUGGGGUCUGACGUCUGGAGCACGGAGGAGCCAACGCCCACCAAGGAGACAGGCUGGGCCUCCUUCUCUGAGUUCCCAUCUCCUCUGAGCACCAAGGAAUCUUUCCGGAGUAACUCUCCCGUGGAGAUGGAGACCAGCACCGAGCCCCUAGGCCCCCUCACUCCUGGAGGCGCUGCGCUGGCGGCACAGCCGGAAGCUGCCGGCAGUGUGGCCAUGGAAGCCAGCUCAGACGGGGAGGAGGACACAGAGAGCCCGGACAAGGUAACGGAGACCGUGAUGAACGGCGGCAUGAAGGAAACACUCAGCCUCACUGUAGACGCCAAGACAGAGACUGCUGUCUUCAAAAGAGUGUUGAAGUCCUACCGCGAGGAAGGGAAACUGUCUACCUCUCAUGAAGCUGCUUGUCCUGACGCCCAGGAGAGCCCCGCUGCGACAGAGCCCAAGUCGGCGGUACCCCGGACCCCCAGCACUAGUCCCGAGCAGAGGCCCGAGCAGCCCAGCGUGCCAGGGGACCCGCCGGUGAACGGCCCCGUAUGACGCGUGCCAGCUGCUCGCCGAGGACGCAGACUCCCCGGGCAGUGCUCCGAGGGCCACCCCGCCGCACUCGCUCUGCAAGCACCAGGACCAGCAAUUUUCUCCUCUGGAGUCUUGGACACUGUCCAGAGAUGAGUGUGCCGUGCUGCACUUUGACAAAUACCAAGAGUCUUUGCGUAUGUUUCUCUGUCUUGUUCUGCGUGGUGGGUAGCCUGUGGAUCGAGCGGCCGCCGGACAGUGCCCAGGGCUGCCGGGCCUCACCGCACACACACAGCUCACGCCCUGCCCCGCCUCUUCGCCAACUUAGUCUGACCAAAGGAUUAGGCGUCCCACCCACCCACUUCUCUCGCCCAACCUCGUGCGAAAUUCGGAAUCCAUUUCUCCUUCCAGGCCGGCAAAGGCAGAGGGUCAUAGGGUUGAAAUGCCCUUUGAGGUAUAUUGUUUUCUGAUUCUGACGUGAUGAAAGCAAUUUGCGAUAGGGAAUAUUAUUCGCUGUUCUGUUCUGGCCUUUUUCUUUCCUUUAACCGGCUUGGGAUUGGUGACUUCUCUGUCUUGUUUCACAUGGCUCAAGCACAUCAGUCUGUCGGUAGAGAUGAAGUAUUUAUUGCUCAGUGUAGUCCAUCCUCGACGUUCUCAUCAAGCCAUUCUGUCUCUUCUGCCCUCGUGGUGCCAGGGAGCUCUGACCCCAGAGUGCCGCUGUGGCUCGUGGUUUGGGUUUUCUGUUGUUCUUUUUUUUUUUUGAGAGUGUGUGUGUGUAUGUGUGUUUUGUUCUGUUCCGGUCGUUCCUCUGCCUUUCAGCCCAUUCACCAAAACUGACCCUGGCACCAGCGGCGCCCAGCCCAAGGGAGUCCGCCCACCUCCUUCAGGGGGGCAAGGUGAGAACGCCCAGGAAGGAGCAGGCGCAGCCAUCUCGGGCUGGCUCAACCCCGUCCCACUUCACCCCCACCCGGUCUGGCCCGGCCCCGUGAGGUUUCCGCUCGUCAAGUCGAAGCCAGUGUAUUUUUUAGAACUGGUUUGUACAUAUUAUAGUGAUUAUGGAUACUAAUUCAAUGUAAUUUAUAAUUUUCUAUGUCGAUAUAAAAGAGACAUCACAGCCUUCUCCAGCAGCCGAAGCAAUAUGUCAUGUAUUGCUCUGUCGUGUGGUGAAAGGGUUAAAGGACUUCACCUCUUGCACUUUUAGAUGCAAAUCAGUUUUUCAUUUCUGUAAUAGAGAAAAAAAAAUCAUUCACGUAUUUUUACAGCAUUUGUUUUUCCUGACCAGUAUUUAAAACCAAAAGGAUAUUCUGAAAACGGCCAACGAUUUUUUAGAAAUAGCAUCCCGAGCAGCGUGCCUGGACAUUACAUUGCAUAUGGAAUAAAGAAAAGCAACUGUAUGAUGCCUUAUCUCGUAAUUACUUCCCCUCAGCAAUGGUGUCAUAAGGCCCGGAGGGAGAGGCUGGCCAGGGCUGGCCCAGCGCUGGAGGAUGGUGGGGACGCGUGCGAGGGCACCGGCUGCCACCGAGACGAAUGUGAGUGGCCGGGCCCACUCAUCCCUCCCACGGUCACCGAGUCUGUCCUGCGUCACUCCUGGGGCCCAGUGCUCCGGGCGGCCGAGUCUGCCAGUGAGCGCACUUUGUCUCCGCAAAGCGGCCAGACCCGGCGCCAGACAAGCAGGCGCCUCCACAUCAUGUGUAUGAAAAGCAAAUAAAGCCUGAUGUUUGUUUCUAGAAAC